AUGCCCGCCCUCGGCCGAAAUGUCGGCUGCUCGAUGUCGCAGUCAAGCACUGAUAACGAGCACAGCCUCGGCUCCCUCUCCUUUAUCGAUCUCCGCAGCUUGGUCUCUGAGCGACAGCCGUCUGCUCUCUUCGCUGCCGAUACCGUUGCGGGGGCAUGGGGAAUGCAGUACGGCCCAACUCAGUUGGCAUUGUGA